AUAAAACAGAAGGAAUAAAACAAACAACCGCAGCACUUAAGUUAAAAUACAUCCAAUGCAUGGGUCUCACCCCGUCUGGCUAUACUGUAUCUGUGUUUUUAUUAUUCAUAUACAGCAAUAUAGAACAUUUAUGAUAUUUUCGACGACUGUUACAUUUUUUGGCAAAACAUUUCGUCGUAAAGUAUUGAUUGAUACAUUAAGAAAGUUGUAGGAACAUUCUGCUUUUAAUUAGUGUGAAGUUUUAUUAUCCAGACGUUUGUACUGGAACUUUAAUAUUCCAACAAAUACACUAUCAGUUUCACAGUCUGAUAUAUAUAAAUGUCUAUAUCAACUGGAGAGAGGUUGUCCAUUUUGUCUAGUACUUCAUUUACAAGGAAGUUAGGAAGGUCGCUUUUUAUCUUUCACUUUUGGUUUACUGCCGGAGUUGAGAGUUACAGGACAACAACUUGUAGCGCAGAAUGUCUGGUAUUUUAUCUUUGUUGAUUUUGCGUUUUUAAUAUUAAAACGUAAUGGCGAUGAAAACGUACUCGCUGCUUUUAGAAGGUCUACCCGAUGACUUCGGUUGUGUCAGGUCGAAACUGGAUUUGUACUUCAAAAAUAAAAGAAAAUCGGGAGGAGAAGUGUUGGAAAUCAGACAUCACCCCGAAGACAGACGAGCAGCUGUGCUGGUCUAUCUGGAGGAAGAAGUGAAAAACAAGGUGCUGGAGAGAGGAACCCAUCGCGUGGAUCUGAAGACAUGGGGUACCGUAGAGCUACGUGUCAAGCCCCUACCGGAGACAGGUGGGGACCCCGGAGCGCCGCGCCUCCCCCGUCUGGAACCGGAGCGCCUGCAGGGCAGAAGUGCGGCAGUGUCCCGCACCGAGAGUCCCGGUGAUGAGGAACAACAUUCAGUUUGUCAAGCAGUCACAGAGCUGAAUUCCCUGUUGCUGAGCAGUGAUUCCCCGAUCGACGAGGAGAUCCUCCGGCUGUAUUUCGAUCAGUUCUCUGAAGACGUUGAAAUCGACAGGCUUGAGACAAACAGGUGGAUACUGAGGUGUGUUCACAAGGAAGAUCUGGAGAAAGUCCUCGCUCGGAAGGAGCACGCGGUGAGUCACACCACCGUGCGGGCGGAGCUGUACGAUGAGGAGGCCGAGGAGAGGCGGCUCGACCCCCGGAGGUUCGUCCUGAGGGGGUUCGGGGAGACCUGCCCGGCGGGGUUCGUUUCCGUCUAUCUCAACAGCUGUAGCAAAAGCGCAGCGCACUCCUGGGAGCUGCUGCCUGACGGCAUAGCUGUGACUUUCCAUGGGGGUUUAGAUGUUAAAUCUUUUCUGAAGAAGUGCUUCACAAAACACCUGCAGGGCAAUGCGAUCACCGUCACCCGGCUGGAAGUCACAGACUCAGUCCUGGUCCGAGGACAGAUGAGUGCCAUCACAGAAGACACCCUGCAGUUGUAUUUUUCCAACCCUAAAAGAAGUAAAGGAGGGAAAAUAAAAUCACUGAGAUGGUGUACAAAAGGAGAAAGCAUCAUUAUUGCUUUUGAGGUUGCUCAGGAUGCACAGCGAGUCUCUGAGCAACCACAUGUGUUAUGUGGGGUCAAGAUGACUGCCCACCUGUACUACAGCAGUUUAGGACAGGCUUUAACUGGACAAACCCCCCCACUGCCUAAUCUUCCUAGUAAAAUAACCAUCCCCAUGGAUCGACAGCUACUGGACUACAUUACGAGCAGGGCCAAGUGCACAGAAGAGUUUGAAAAAGCUUUAGGGGAGGUUUAUGCUAAGGUUCAUUUCGAGGGGUCCCCACAGCCUGAUCGGGUUGUGGUAGAAAUCACUGCUGAAAGCAACUCCCUCCUGCUGCACCGCCUUGCUCCCAGCUGGGAAAGGAAUGCCAGACAGACAGUACAUUCCCUUCUUGAUAAAUAUCGUAUAAUUCAGUUGAAAACAGAGACAGCGGUGUGGGAGAAAAUUAAGACCAAGUGCCUGAGCUGCAUUUCCCCUGACCUGAAUGUCCACUUUGAAAGCACCACGAGCUCAGUUGUGGUCCUCGGACUGCAGGAGGAGGUUCAAAGCCUUCAAAGAAAAGUAGAACUCCUGAUGAAGGAGGCAGGCGCAGAGCUGGAGGUAGAAAGGAACACUGUGGAAAGCAGGGUCAUGGGGGAUAGCGAAGAGGAGCUGGAUUUCUUGUGCAAUCUGGUUUUCCCUAAACUCGUGGAUAUCAAGCUUUCGAAAGACCAGUCUGCCUUGGCCUUGUGCUUGAAGGGCCACCGGGACAAAGUGAAACAGGCAGAGUCGCUCGUCAGCGAGACUCGGCAGAAGCUUGUCGCUCAGACUCUGAACCUCUCCGCCUGCCAAACCGAGUUUCUGAAGUCUCUGGACGUGAAGGAGUUUGUGCGGGAUCAUUUUGCCCGGAAUGGCAUCUCGGCCACAGUUCUGAGCCACAGGUCCUUCCAGGUCCUCGCUGAGAAGAAGGACAUCAAGAGAGCUGUGGAGAAAGUGCAGGAGUCUGUGACAGAGGAGAUCAUCAGGCUCACUUCGGACCAAGCUCAAGUCGCCAAGACUGAAAAGUGGGAGCAGUUUCUCGGCGAACUUAAAGCAGAGGUGGGAGGCUGUGUGAGGAUCGCACAAGCAGAUAUGCAGAUCUCAAUAUGUGGAUAUGCAAACCUGGUGGCUGAUGCUGCAAAGAAGCUGAAGGGAUACUUGGACAACAAAAUGCCUGCUACGGAAGUCAUCCCACUCAACUCUGCGCACGAGGUGGAAUUCGCCGAUGCUUACAUGAAGUUACCUGACAAUCCUGAAAUCAAGGCCCUGGCUGUCACCAUCCUGCCGCUGCGCGCGCCUGCUGCCCCCUGCUUGAAGGUCACGGCAGCGGCCGAGCACAUCCGAGGCGCGGUGGCCGCCGUGAGGAAGCAGAUCGCCGUGGUCGUGUCAGCGAAGCACGUCUACGGGGGAGCAGGGGAGUCCCGAGCGCUGGCGAAGCACGAGGACUCGCUGCGGGCCCGGGCCAAGGAGCUGGGGUGCGCGCUGUGGCUCUCGGUGCAGCCCGCCAGCAAGCCCAGCUCCGGCCCGCCUUGCGGCGUCAGGAUAGGCGGUGUGGUUGACCUGUCCGUGCGGCAGGGCGCCGUGGCGGGGCAGCAGGCGGACGCGCUGGUGUGCCCUGUGAACGGCAGCCUGGCCUUCGACAACCCCGUCGCCCGGGAGCUGCUCGCCGCCGGGGGGCCUCGGGUUAAGGACCCCUGUGACGACCUCCUGAAGACCAGGCAGGCUCUGCGUGCUGGAGAGGUGGUGCCCUCCAGCCCCGGCAAUCUGCCCUCCAAAGUCCUCCUGUUGGCCGUGCUGCCCGUAUGGGGCAAGUGCAACUGCGCGGGAGUGGGGGGCCAGCCCCUGGAGAGCGCCUUCCUGCACACGGCGGUCCUGCGGUGCCUCCAGCUGGCCGAAGAGAGGCGGUGCAGCUCCGUCGCCCUGCCGGCGCUGGGGUGCGGCGGCUUCGGCUUCCCCGCGGCCGAGAGCGCCAGGGUGGUCAUGGGGGCCGUGCUGGCGUUCUGCGACCGCGAGCGGGAGGCCGCGCGCCACCUGAGGAGCGUCAUGGUGGUGGAGUCAGACAUCCGGAACGUCGAGGAAUUUCAGAGUGUCGCCAAGGCAAUGGGGCAGACUGGUAGAGCAUCUAUGGGCAAAAGAGCACCUUCCCUUCCUGCGAUUUCAGCAACUCUGUACAGGAAGUCAACCCUUCAUCCCCACCUGCUGAGCGCUGCCCCGAGUGUCAGUGUCGGAGGUGUAACAGUUACUCUCCAGAAGGGAGACAUUACCAGAGAGACCGUGGAUGUGAUAGUGAACUCGACUAACAGCUCUCUGGACCUGAACACUGGUGUCUCUGGGGCCAUCCUGAAAGCUGCCGGGAAGUCUGUAGUCGAAGAAUGUGCUAAACUAGGCGCCCAGCCGGCGGACGGGGUGGUGAGCACGGCGGCGGGGCAGCUCCGGUGCCGGCACAUCGUGCACAUGGUGGGCCCCACCACCGCCGCGGGCAUCGCCGCGUCGGUGGAGAGUGCCGCGCAGGAGUGCGAGCGCAGGAGCGCUGCCAGCGUCUCGUUCCCGGCCGUCGGGACAGGUCGAGGAGGCAUCGGGCACAAAGAGUCCAUCGAAGCGAUGCUGAAGGGGCUGGAACAGCACUUCUCCAAGACAGGCUCAACCAGCAUAAAGUCUGUGCGCGUCAUCGCCUUUGAGCAGCCGGUUUACGACUCGUUCCGAGAUUACUUUGCCCAAAGAGGCCAGAAGCUCCCAGGGAAUGCGAAGGCAGGCCCCCAGUCUCCCAGUGCUGGAGCACAGAGUCUUUCCACACAGCUCUCCGCAAGCCAAGGACACCUGAAUGUAACCUCUACACAAUUCCCUUCUCAAGUAAAAGUCUGCAACGUUACAGUGGAAGUCAAGAAAGGAGAUAUCACCUGUGAAUCUGUUAGAGGGAUUGUCAAUUCUACAAACAAAGAACUGAACUUAAUGGGAGGAGUUUCAGGUGCUAUAUUCAAAGCCGCUGGAAGUUCAGUCAUAGAGGAAUGUAAAGCAUUUGGGCCGCAGUCCGAAGACGGGGUGGUGGUGACCGGCGGCGGGGCGCUGCACUGUGACCUCGUCCUUCACAUGGUGGGGCCCAAGUCCCCAGCAGCUGUCCGGGCGCAGGUGGAGAGGGUCCUCCAGGAGUGCGAGAGGAGGGGCGUCAGCACUGUCUCCUUCCCUGCUGUUGGCACUGGCAGAGGUGGGCUGCAGGCGGGGGAUGUCAUUGCCGCCAUGCUGCAGGGGUUUGAGGACCACUUGUCCCGGCACAGCCCCUCCGUCCUGAAGCUGAUCUACAUCGUUGUGGCACAGGACAGCAUUCUGAACGACGUCUUGAAAGGGCUGAAGCAGUGGGUCCUGAAGACACUGGUUGUUUCUGGUGCUUUAGACAGUGACAGCUCUGAGUCGGCGACUGAAGAUGAAGAUGAUGGCUCCUCCCCAGCAGUGAACAGUAUUGAAAUACUGAUUGGACGGAUAAAGGUGAGGGCAGUGUGUGGUGACAUUACCAAGGAGCGGACUGAUGCCAUUGUGAGCAGCACCACAACCACCCUCGAUUUAAACACAGGGGUGUCUGCGGCCAUCCUCAAAGCCGCAGGACAGUCGGUGGUGGACGAGUGCACAGCUCUCGGAACUCUGCCGAGUGACGGCUUUGCAUUUACCGGAGCUGGAAAACUGCCAGCUAAGCACAUCGUGCACAUGGUGGGGCAGACAACAGAGAGCGCCAUCACCGUGUCCAUGUGCAAAGUGCUGAAAGCCUGCGAAGCCAAGAAGAUUCAGUCGGUAUCUUUUCCGGCACUCGGAACAGGAGCGGGAAAUUUAGGGGCAGCUCAAGUGGCCUCUGCCAUGAUAGAUGCCGUGGGUCUCUUCGCUCUUGAGCACUAUAAGCCUUCGCUGAACGUGAUCCGUCUGGUGAUAUUCCAGCCCGGGAUGAUGCCGGAGUUUGAACAGGUCAUGAAACGUUUUAAGAAAGUCACUCCUCAGCCCAAGCAGCACGCGCAUGUUAAUCCUUCGCUGAGAAAAGCCCCUGCCAUCGUGCCCCACACCAGCCUGGGCAGCCUGGCCGAGCUGGUCACACACCCCGUCGCCACGGUCGAGGUGUGUGGAGCGUCCAGACAGGCUCUCGCCCAGGUGAAGAGGUGCUUGGACGAGCUGCUCGCAGGAGAGUGCAGCAGCCAGGAAGUGGAUGCCACGCACCUGGACUCCCUGCUGGAGCAGGAGAAGCAGGAGAUAGCCUCCCUGAGUAGGAGGCACGAGGUCAGACUUGAGGUAGGGGCUGGCAAGCUGACCGUGACUGGGAAGACGGACGAUGUUCUGACAGCGGUGCUGGAGAUCAGCGGGUUCUUCCAGAAGGCCAAGGAGCGAGAAAACGCGGCGCAGGACCGAGAGAGGAUGAAGAACAUUGUCCGCUGGGAGGUGGUGAAAUCUGGCACGACGACAGCCCUCGACGCGCACAUCAAUUACGAGCUGGAACUGGCCUACCAUAAGGAGAAAAGGCACGUGUACAGGAGCAACGCCGAGACGUUCACGGUGGAUUUCGUCAGCAUGCAGCAAACGGACAGCAAGGGAAAUGUUCUCAAAAUCAAAAGGACCACUCUGACCGAUUCGGAGACAGCCAUCAUCGAGCUUCCCGUGACAUGGACUGAUAUGAAGGGAAAAGAUAUGGAAAUAAUUAUGCUUUCGGCGAAAUCUGAGGAAUUCUGCAAAAUAUCAAAGGAGUUUGUGAUAUCCAGCAAAGCAGCUGUACAAAAGUCAAAGAAGACUGUGGAAGUGGUAAAGAUUGAGAGAAUUCAGAACCGGGAGCAGUGGCAGAGGUACGCCGUCAGGAAGCAGGCGGUCGACAGGAAAUACCCCACCCAGGCGAAUGAGAGGAUACUUUACCACGGGACCACGCAGGAUAUCUGCCAGAAAAUCAACAGAACCGGCUUCAACAGAAGCUUCUGUGGGAGAAACGCUACAAAGUUCGGACAAGGAACGUACUUUGCCAAAGAGGCCUAUUACUCCUGUGAUGACACCUACUCCAACCCGGAUGAGCAGGGCUACAAAUACAUUUACAGGGCCAGAGUGCUGACAGGAAAACUCUGCCAAGGUCACGAAGACAUGAAGGAACCGGCGCCCGUCAACGCCGGCGAUCCCUGCUCCGACCUGUGCGACUGCGCUGUGGACAAAAUGGCAUCCCCCUUUAUAUUUGUCAUAUUUUGCGACUUUGGCGCUUACCCAGAGUACCUCAUAACGUUUAAAGUCGUUUGAAAGCCUAUGCCUAUCCGCACAGCACAAAAGUCCAGUUUUUCUUUUUACACGCUUACCGAAGUGCUUCUGUUAAAGUUGACAUCUUGUUACUUUAUUUCUCACUCUUAACUGUUAACAAGCCUCUAGCUUUCACUGUACAAGUCUACACUCUGAUUGUCUUAGGAGGUACAGGCUAGUCGCAAUUUCUCAGGGGCAACAAUAUUCUUCAGCACCCAGUUUUACAUCAUUAAAUGUUAGCCUGUUUUAAAAGAAACUGCAUUUUUUUAGCUUUUCACAUAUAGACUAGCCACCUGCUUUGAGGCUCAGUUUUAAAAAAAUUGUCCUGAACAAACUCACCCAGGGCAGCAGAAACAAGCUGCUAUAGACCAUCCAUAGGAUUUCUGAUCUUAUACUGGGUAUGUUAACCGGCAAUAAUUUUUCUAAUUUUCUAAGUGGUCUGUAAUUCAAAGCACUAAAGCCUGUACAACAUUUGGUACUGUAGUUUUUGAAACUAAUUUUAUGAACUGCAUUAACCAUUUUUAUGUUGAUUCAGGAAGAACUUCAUUUGUGCCUCUGCAAAAUUCAAGUGCACAGCAUUGAAUCUCGAGUCAGUUCUGAUCACAGAAAUCUCAGCUGCUGUUGGCUACUCAUGGCUCUGUGCUACUGUUAAGACUGAAAUCUCAGGUAUGCAAGAUUAUGACAAUAAAAAGAGAAAAAAAUGUUUGCCAAUAAAUUUUUCAAGAGCCUAUUUGCAGUGAAAUGCAGAGCAACAUCUGCCACUGACAAAAGCAAGAACCAAUUAGUUAUGACCAGUAGUUACAAUCAUGACAAACCAUUGCAUUUCAAACCUCACAUUAGCCGGGCA